UACUCCUUGUGCCACUCGGCGGCCGCAUCGUUGAUUGAUAAAGUUGCUGGCGACGGCCGGCUGCCGGCUGCGCAUAGCAGGCGAAGAGUACGAGGGGCCGGCAAACUCGCGGAGGAGAGGGCGGCGGUGUCUCAGCACUGAUCGUCACCACCAGUCCACUAGCAGGCCAAUCAUCGCCACCGGCCACCGGCCACCGGCCACCUUCGGCCGCUAGCAAGCCAUGAGCAAGAAAGAUAAGAAGACCGGGCCGGAGACGCAUUCGAGUACCACGAUGUUGGGUUCUUCUGUUCAGUUCAGAAUAGACUACGAGCAAACCAAGCAGCUUCCCAUCGGCAAGGCCAUCCUCUCCGACGUCUUCUCCGUCGGGGGACACAACUGGAGGAUUGAGUGCUACCCUCGUGGGGCACAUAAGGAACACAAGGGCGAACAUCUAUCCAUAUUCCUCAAGCACAUGGGCAGAACCACAAGAGUAAAGGCAAUUAUCGAGGCCUUCUUGAUGGACAAGGAUGGAGAACCAUGUACCAAGGCUACAAGUAGGGCACGUGUUCAUGAAUUCCCAAUCGAUGGCGAAAGCAAUGAUGAUGAUGUCGAUUGGGGAUGGAGUCAGUUUGUCAAGGGAACUGCGCUGGAGAAUGACUACGUAAGAGAGGGACACAUUACAUUUGUGUGUGGCAUCAUGGUCAUACAUGACAACCCUAUUCUGGUGCCGCCUUCGGACCUCCAGAUCCAUCUCGGUAGCUUGCUAGAUCACAUGGACGGCAUGGACGUGUCAUUCACCAUUGAUGGCGAGACAUUCCAUGCCCACCGUGCAGUGCUUGCUGCCCGCUCACCGGUCUUCAGAGCAGAGCUCUUUGGCUCCAUGGCCGAGGCUAGGAUGACAUCCAUCACACUCCACGAAAUCACGCCUGCAACAUUCAAAGUUAUGCUUCGGUUCAUGUACACCGAUGCGUUGCCUGAAGAAGACGAGCUUGGGGACUCUUCCACCGAGAUACUUCAGGAUUUGCUCGUUGCGGCUGAUCGAUAUGCAUUAGACAGGCUGAAGCUCAUGUGUGCCCAAAAGUUAUGGGAUAAGGUGUCGGCAGAUACAGUUGCAACUACCUUAGCUUGUGCUGAAACGCACAAUUGUCAGGAGUUGAAGAGCAAGUGCAUUGACUUCUUGGCAGUGGAGGAAAAUUUCAAAGAGGCCGAUGGUUAGGCAUUGCUUGUUCUGAAAUUCCCAACAAUUACUGCUGAGCUCAGAAGAGGGUUAGGACACGAUACAAUGAGAUUCAUCUGCAUGUGUUCGUAAGUAUGGCUUAGCUCAUAAAGAGGGUUAGAACAUGAUACAAUGAAAUUCCCAACAUGUGAUACACCCUACAUAGUAGAGUUCCAGUGUUCAAGCAUGGCUCUACUGUGGUGUUCGUAAGUGACGCUUGAUAUCUUUUCCAACCUAUGAAAACCCAGAUGCAAAGCUAGUGAUUUACCCAAGUAUUUAAUUUCAAAUAUCUAUUGGACAUGUCCUCCGGAAUCUUUUGAGAUAUCUACUUUUUUCUGUUC